GUGGGGAGUUGCUUGCGCCAUUUGGCUCACCCCUGUGCGCAGGUGCAUGGGUGAGAAUGGGCGCGCCUGCGCAGCUGGCACUCCUUAGGGAGGUUGUAGGCGGUGGACCUACAGAUGAUGUACUCUCAUCAGCCUGGCGGCGGUCAGGUGGGGACCUGGCAGCGGCAGUGAAUCUGAUUCUCGAUGCGCCCUGCCGGCCGUCGUCUACCACCAUUCUGCUGGAUGACACGGACGGCGAGGAUGCAAACCGAGAUGCAAGCGAUGCGGCAUCUGCGCCGCAGGAGGCGGCGGCAGCUGCUGCGCCGGCCUCUGCACGGCAGAGUGGCGACCAGGGGAGCUUUCUGAAAAUGAUGAAAGUGAAGCAGGAGCUGCCCAGCGAAAGGCCAAAGAAGAAGCCUCGCAACAGCAGCAGCAAGCUGGAAACGCCGCCGAAGGUUCAAGGAACCCAGAACCGCACAAGGUGCAACGUGGAGUGGGCAAUGGCGCUGGGCAGCUUGCAGCUGGAGGGCUACAGCAACACCAAGCUCAGCGGAGAUCAGCAGUUCCCCGGGGAGGACGGGAGCUUCGGGCCCCUGCUCCGGGCCGGCGCGCGCCUGGAGCUCAAGUGGACGGUGGACAAGAAGAGCAAGCCGCGGCCGGGAACUGUGCAGGUGAGCUCAGAGACCGGCACUGUGCGGUUCGAUGCCAACGGUCGGGAGGUGGGGAAGUUCCCGAGCUGGGCAUCGAAAGCUUUGGUGCCGCUCCUGGCACGGAAGCUCAUCGAUGCGGAGGCCGUGGUAGGCCCGGAUCCACCGCGGGCGCUGACGUUGGGCACCAACGUGCCGGUGGUGCUGCGUGUCUCUUUGCGGUCCUCCGCGCUGCGGACGCCUGGGCAGAUGGUUCAGAAUGUUCACACAGCCAAAGGCGAGGACAUCAAAGAUACCAGGAACAAAGGGCAGAAGACUGUGCAGAAGGCUGAGGCCGACCGCGAGGUGCAGCGCAAUGCCACCAGCAUUCUGCUGGAGAGGCUCCGGCUCCCUUGCCGCCGUCGCGCAGUGGAGGAGGGGGAUCCCAACGAGGAGCCAGGCCCGGCUGCGGCCGGCCUUGCCGCGCCUGGAGUGGAGGAGGCUGAGGAGGAGGAUCAAAUGUCCAAAGCGGCAGCCGCGCAGCUGGGUAAGAGUGAUCAGCUUGAAAGGCAUGACUUGCCGGGCAUUGUCCUGCCUGAUGGCAUUUUCGAGACCAGGUUGCGGCCGUACCAGGCGCAGGCGGUGUACUGGAUGUGGCAGCGGGAGAACCCCACAUCCACGUUGCCUUCACGCUUCAAGAACUCCGCGCCCAACACGGCACCGGAGGGGAGCCAAACAAGUACUCCCAGCAAAGCGUCCGGCAUGGCAUCGGAGUCAAGUGACAGUGAACGCCAGCUACAUCCCAUGUGGGAUGAAUACGAGCUACCAGAAGCCACCGGACCUCUUCCAGGAGGCCGAGAGUCCGCACGGUUCCUCUAUUACCACAGGACCACCGGAGCCUUGUCGCUGGAUUUUCCGGACGCGGCCUUGGCGCAUUGCCGGGGCGGCAUCUUAGCAGAUGACAUGGGCCUUGGCAAAACAGUGAUGUGCCUAGCACUGACAGCGCUGGACUAUGGGCCGGCCAGCCUUCCCACUGCGCGCACCGCAGCGCCUGAGCUUCGCGCUCUGGAGGAGGCUGACGUGUCCACCAAGCAGAAGGCGGUGUUUCAGUCACAGUCAGGGCAAACGGAUGAUGGUGUUGCUGGCGUGCUGGUGGUUGCGCCCAUGUCUUUGAUCAGGCAGUGGCAUUCAGAGGCUGAGAAGCACUUCCACGCUUCUGCCGUGCCUUCCGUUCACGAAUUUCAUGGAUCGGGCAAGAACUUGUCACUUGAGCAGCUUCGGACCUGCGGCUUGGUGCUGACCACGUACAACACGCUGUCUUGCCAGCCGGAGGACUCACCUCUCUUUCAGCUGUACUGGCGGCGCAUCAUCCUGGACGAGGCUCACGCCAUCAAGAAUCGCUGCAGCAGGCAGGCGCAAGCGGCGUUUCGCCUGCGCGGCUUUUGCCGGUGGUGUGUCACUGGCACGCCACUCCAGAACAGCGUCGAGGAGUUGUACUCGGCAGUGCACUUUUUGCGUAUUGAGCCAUGGUGCGCGUGGUCUUGCUGGCGCAAGUCAGUUGCCUUGCCUUUGGAGAAGGGCCGCAAAGGUGACUCGGAGGCGAUGAACCAGGCCCUGGACGCGGCAAAGCGUAUCGUCACUCCGCUGAUCAUACGACGGACGAAGAGCACAGUGGACCCGCGCACUGGGGAGCCGCUCCUGGUGCUGCCAACCAAGCACGUCCAUGUGCGGAGGCUGGAGCUGUCGCUGGCGGAGAGGGACUUCUACGACACCUUGUGGACCAAAGCAAAGACCCAGUUCGACACCUUCGUUGCAUCUGGCGAAGUUCUGUCGAAGUACACCCACAUCCUGCAGCUGAUCCUCAAGCUGCGGCAGGCCUUGUGCCACCCCUUUCUGGUGUUUGCGCGGGAGGCAACGAAGGACGAAGACUUGGACUCCUUGGAGAAGAGAUACCUGCAGGACAUCGGUGGUGAUGGCGUCUCUGAGACCUUCGUGAGCGGUCUGCUCCAGGAGAUCAGGAAGGGCGAGUUGAGCGAUUGCGCCAUUUGCUUCGAUGCACCAGAAGACCCCACCCUAACGCACUGUGGCCACAUCUUCUGCCGGGAGUGCUGCUUCAAGAUCAUCAAGCAGUGUGGUGGAGAGUGCCCCGUUUGCCGGCAGCCAGGGAUCACCAAGAAGAACCUGAAGGUCUUGCCAGGCGCCUCUCGCUUCCCCGCACAGCUGAUGGCCAAGGCUUCUUCUGCAGGAAAUGCAGGGGAUUAUGGGGCGCAUAGCACGAAGAUGAAGGAGCUCUUGGGCCUGCUGCGGGAAGACAUGGCCCAGGGCCAGCGGGCGGUGGUCUACUCUCAGUGGACGUCUUUCUUGGACUUGCUGGCAGGUGCGCUAGAAGGAGCAGGAAUCCGGCACAAGAAAUUCGAUGGAUCAUUAAGUUUGGAGGAGCGAGCUGCCCGCGUGGCCUGGCUGGGAGAAGAAGCCCAAGGCGCUGCGGCAGCCCGUGUGCUGCUGGUGUCACUCAAAGCUGGAGGCACAGGUCUCAACUUGGUGGCAGCCUCACGCCUGUAUCUCAUGGACCUUUGGUGGAAUCCGGCGGUUGAGGAGCAGGCCAUCCAGCGGGUGCAUCGCAUCGGCCAGAAGCAGGAAGUGUACAUCUACAAGUUUGUCGUUGAGGACACCAUCGACCUCGACUUGUUGGAGCUGCACAAGGCCAAGGAGCGCCUCUUGGAAGAUGCUCUCAGUGGCGGUCGUCAUCAAGAAACCUCCAAGCUUACGGUGGAUGACCUAAAGCGACUGUUCAAUCCAUGCCGGUCCUCACUCCGCGGCUUGAAAGCUGGAGGUGCUGAGCCAAAGGUGAUGCAGGUGGCAGAGGCUCCAGUGCAACGUGCAGCCACAAAUUCCGUUCCGGACGAGGUGAUGCAGGCAGCAGAGAUGCCGGUGCAAACUGCAGCCGCAAAUCCCGUUCCGGACGAGGUGAUGCAAGCAGCAGGGGCGCCGGUGCAAAGUGCAGCCCCAAAUUCCGUUCCGGACGAGGUGAUGCAGGCAGCAGAGAUGCCGGUGCAAACUGCAGCCCGGCAGCUGUCUCUGGAUGAGGACCAAAUGCACGAUGUUGCGACCGCCGGCCUGCUCCCCGCAUGGGAGGCAGCUGGUGACUUGCUGCCAGGGCCAGGCCCAGGCCCCAGCUUCUUCGAUGAGGAUGAUAUUUCUGAUGGUGAGCUGCUAGCUGCCUGCCAUGCAGCAGAGGUGAACAUGGAGGUGGACAACCCCGCAGCCAGUGCGGCGCCCGCAUGCGAGGCUGCUCCGACUGCCUGUUGGGAAGCGCUGCCUCUGGACAUGUGAGCAUUACGGUGCGAUCUGCCGAGGGGCACUCGGUUGAACCAAGCCUUCCAAGGGACAACGGCCGGGGGCACGCAGGUGCGCCGUUGCCACACAUUUGCGUUGCUGAAGGCAUCGCCAGAGAAAUUGCACAGAGCAAAC